AAUGCCUUCUCCUUAUUCAACGUGUUUUGUAUAGUUGCAUUAAAUAGCUAAGAUCUUGCAAGACCCAAGACAUACAGAAUUAGCUAAUUUGGCAGCAGUAAUACAGCCAAAUUAGCUAAUUCUUUGUUGAUUGAAGAAGUUAUGGCAAUGCUAAGAAUGUUGAUGAGCUUGGCUGCUAUAGCCAUGCUGCUUGGUUCAGCCAUGGCAACAAAUUACACAGUGGGAGGUCCUAAUGGUGGAUGGGACCAAUCUACUGAUGUUCAAGCAUGGGCUGCAUCGAAAACUUUCUUCGUCGGAGAUGAUCUGAUUUUUUCAUAUGCUCUAAGCCAUUCUGUGCUAGAAGUCACAAAGGCUGGUUUUGAGACCUGCCAGAUUACAGCUCCUAUUGCAAUUUAUACUGGAGGGAUGACAGUAAUCACUCUAGCUUCUGUAGGCAAGAGAUACUUCAUCUGUGGAACUGGUGGACAUUGUAAUGUAGGAGGAAUGAAACUCGAAAUCAACACUCUUCCCAAGGCUACCCCACCCCCACCAGCCAAACCGGCUACUCCACCAACACCAACACCAACCCCGAAAGCUCCACCACCAUCAACUCCGUCAACUCCACCACCAUCAACACCCAAAACUCCACCACCAACUCCCAUGACUAAACCCCCAGUUGCUUCCCCUCCCUCUUCAUCACCAUCUCCCAAGUCUUCAUCAGCACCCUCACCCAGAAACAUACAUAAAAUUUCCCCUGCAAUGUCACCUUCCAAGUCCUCCCAUGCUCACAGCCCAGCCAUGCCUCCUACUGGCGUUCCAACAUCCCCUUCUGUUGAAGCCCCGGGAUUGCCACCUUCUGCUGAGGCCCCUGGUGCUUCUGCACCUGCCACAUCUUCCCCAUCAUCGGCUGAUAAAAUCAGUGUCGUUGCUGGUUCUACUGUGGGAUUUGGCUUUGUUGUUAUGAUGAUGUUCCUUCUGUAA